AUGUUCGCCUUACAGUCUUGCCUGAAUCAACUCAUUGCUUUAUCUGAUGAGGCGGAAAAGACCGCAUCAGAACUGGGCCAGGACUUGAAGCUCUACGACAGAUUAAAUGAGCUAUCGGGAACAGGAGGUCUCGAUCAAAUGUCAAGCUGUCCGGAUGUUCCACCUCCUGCUCCACCUCCUCCUUCCGAUGGCUUCCUACCCGAUCCACCACCUGUGGGUUCUGGAGAAUUUCCUGCUCUUCCCACCACUGAACCGCCAGCGACAUUUCCACCCACCACCGUUACCACUUCGUCAGCUCCCCCACCUACCAUGACAAGGCCUGCUACUACUGCGCUUUUCUACAGUGGUCGUCUCGCCGGCCCCAUCGGACCAAAUCUGUAUCAACCGCUUCGAGGGCCAACGGUCUCCAAGACUUUGUCGAACGAGGUUUCCAAGCCUUAUUCAAAUCUUCAUCAGACGAAUGUUCGGUCCCGAGCUACCCCUGAAUCGCAAAUAAAGAAGACCUCCCUGCCAGUCACUAAGCCUGCGGCACAUGCUUCAGUGCCCCCAGAGCCCGUUGUUAUCCCUUCAUUACCGGCUGAGUCAACUGAUUCGGAGGCAUCUCUGGAAACACGACCAUUUGGGUACGUUCAGAAGGAAAAUGUUGAAGAGACCUGCUGGAGUACAUGCUUUGCACAUCAAGGCGGCUGUAUAUACGAUAGCACGCCCAAUAUGGAUGGCUAG